AUGGCACAAUCUGUACCACCAGGAGAUAUCCAAACUCAACCGAACGCCAAGAUCGUUUUCAAUGCUCCAUAUGACGACAAGCACACCUACCACAUCAAGGUGAUCAACUCGUCGGCUCGUCGCAUUGGAUAUGGAAUCAAGACCACCAACAUGAAGAGACUUGGAGUCGACCCACCAUGCGGAGUUCUUGACCCCAAGGAAGCUGUCCUUCUCGCUGUCUCCUGCGAUGCCUUUGCUUUCGGACAGGAGGAUACCAACAACGAUCGUAUCACUGUUGAGUGGACCAACACCCCUGACGGGGCCGCCAAGCAAUUCCGUCGUGAAUGGUUCCAGGGAGACGGAAUGAUCUUCAUCCAUCGGACGUUUGCUUAUAAGGGCGUUGUGGUUUGCUCAUUUCCGUGCCGCGUUCAUGAGAAAAAAGCUGGUCAAAACGAGAAGCAUCACACCACUCGGGACUAUUAUCAAGUUCUUAUUCAUCGUCAUGAUUGGAGUCACAUGGGAUUCCCUGUCGAUAUUACUUCAUACCUAGUUGAAGCAGCGAACGGCCGAAAUGGGGAAAAACUACUUACUCUAAUCAAUGGAAUGGACUGCGUGGGCCAUGAUGAUAUCAUUCCCUAUACACCAUGCGGUACAGCCCACUUUGACCAUGAUCUAUUUGAUAGGAUCUUCAAUGUCAGCGCCAAUGAAGAUGGACUUCUCGAUGUUGAAAUGAAACCAGAGCUCCUGGAGAGCUACCGAUCAUCGCAUCGAUCCUGGCUUGCGCCGAGAGAUGUUUAUAGGGAACGAACUGAAAAUAUUGAAGUUACGGUACUAACCUUUUACCUUGGAGUCAAUAAUGUUUCUGGGCAGCAGCAGCAUAUGUGGCGCUAUGUUAUUAGAAUCGAGAAUAAGGUUCCCGAGAAAGCCGUAAUCCUUCGAGAGAGAUCAUUAAAAAUUUAUUCGCUAAAUAACAUGAAUCAGAUGCACGGUCAUGGAGUUGUCGGAAAACAACCCGAGCUUAAUGUCGUUUCCCCAGCCUUCCAAUUUAGCAGUACAAUUGAGUUAAAACAUUCGAAAGGCGGACAUAUGUGGGGUCGAUUCAAGAUGGAGCGAGAGAAUGGAGUGAUGUUCGAUGUGCACAUUCCGACGAUAGUGCUUGAAUCGACCGAUGAGAUUGUCGAGAACUCAGUGACAACCCCAGAAAAAGUUUAA